AUGUCGAACCCAGAGAAAACCGCGCCGUUUGGUGCCCAGCCUCUUGACUUGGCAUCGCACGUUCAAGAUUCCGACUUACAGCCCGUCGUCAAGUACGGCCAAGUUGAACCUGAUGAUGGUCUCGAAGUCGUGUUUGAUAGUGGGCUCGAGGUAGUUCCUGGUCAGUACGUCUCCGACAAGUGGAAGACUUGCAGCUACAAACAAACCAAUGUCACACCUUCGCAUGAUGAGUUGCUGGAUGAGAACGCUGGCGCUACCGGUCAGCGUCCCGAUGAAGGCCUGCGGAUUCCCAGCCAACAUGAGUACAAACUGCACGAACUGCCAGUGGCUGGCGAACGAACAGCCUCUGACCGGAUCUGCGGCUGCAAGCGACGGUACUUCUGGAUCAUCCUAGCGGUAGCCAUCUCAUUUCUCGUCCUGGCCAUUGCCCUUGGCGUCCCUCUUGGGGUCGUUCUUCACAACAAAUCCCGCUCUGCUAGAAUCCAUGGUGUCCAUAACUUCAAGCGCGUCUACAAAGUCGACGGCAUUCACACAGUCCCCAUCCUCAACUACAUCCAAAGAUUCACCUACGACCACAGAUUCAUCUACGAUCACAGAUUCACCUAUGACCAAAGAUUCACCUAUGACCAAAGAUUCACCUACGACCACAGAUUCUACGACCACAUUUCUAUUAUCCUCUCAGACCUCAACGGAUGCAGGGACGGAGCUCGGAGAGACGACCUCUACAUCUACCACUCCACAAACGCCAACUUCUAG